UAUAUAAAUUAGAUAUAUUCAAGAAAAAAUAAUAUAAAUACAACCCUACCAAAUGGGAUAAAAUAGGCUCCUCGAAAGUGAAAAGACGAACGAAGCAUUCCGUAUCUCUUCGUUUGUUAUCGGAGGAAGUGUUGACUGUUGAUGUGGCAGAACCGAUCGCUCACGGAGGGCUCACAACAGGAGAAAUAUCCCCAAAAAUGCCGGAAAUAGACAUGAUUCCUUACAAAGAAGCACGUCACUGAGUUCGCUGGACUCAGGAUAGACCGCAGGACGAAGAGAACGACAGAGGUGAUAUUAGAGCGAAGAAGAGGGCUGUCCUUUGGGCCUAUGCACGGAAGACUGAAACCGACUCUUGUUCCUAGAAGCGCUCAGUUCCACUUUACGAGGAAGGACGACCUGCACGUUCUCAGAAGUGGAAAAAGCUGAUUUUCUACUUCACUUCAUGGUUAGCAGACGAGGUAACAUGUCUGAGAUAUCAGGGGAUGGUGCACCUGUCGACCCAGGGCCUCUGGUGACCCUGGAGUCGGUGGAGAUCCCAGUGAUUGGCACGGCUUCCACAAUGGAGGCUUUCAUCUAUGGCUCCUUCACCCUCUUGGCCCUCUUAGCUCUGGCCUUGCACUUCCUCUCCCUGAAGACCAAGAGCCAAAUCACGUCAGCCAAUAACCCUCACUUCAAGAAGUUCCAAUAUUCGUUUUUCCUGGUGUACUUCAUGGCAUUGUUCUCUGACUGGCUGCAGGGCCCCUAUGUGUACAAGCUUUAUGAACACUAUGGUUAUGCCAGCAACCAAAUAGCCCUCCUGUAUGUGGUGGGUUUUGCCAGCAGCGUCAUCUUCGGGACAACAACAGGACCCCUGGCUGAUCGGUUUGGUCGUAAGAAGAUGGCUCUCUGCUUCUGCAUCAUGUACUCCUUCUGUUGCCUAACAAAACUCAGCUCCAGCUUCUUCUGGCUAUUUAUGGGUAGGGUUUUUGGUGGUAUAUCAACAUCCAUGCUCUUCUCAACCUUUGAGUCAUGGUAUGUCUAUGAGCAUACAGAGACGCAUGACUUCCCUAGUGAGUGGCUGUCAGUGACCUUCUCCAAGGCAACCUUCUGGAACGGUGUGCUGGCCAUAAAUGCUGGGGUGUUUUCCAACAUCUUUGCUGAGACCUUGGCCUUUGGACCAGUUGCUCCCUUCAUGCUUGCCAUUCCCUUCUUGAUCAUGGCAGGUCUGAUCAUUUCGCAGACCUGGAGAGAAAAUUAUGGAAAUCAGGCGAUCGAUUUGAGGAAGUCCUGCAUGGAAGGUCUUCGGUCCAUCUUGUUUAAGGAUUCUAUCCUAUUCUUGGGUGUGGUUCAGUCUCUCUUUGAAGCCAACAUGUAUAUUUUUGUAUUCCAGUGGACCCCUGUCCUGGGACCUGGACACCCUCCCCUUGGCAUGGUGUUUGCAAGUUUCAUGGUCUGCAUUAUGAUUGGCUCGUCCAUAUAUUCCAUGCUCUUCUCCAAGAAGUAUUCGGCUGAACAACUCUUGCUGAUGGCGGUUGGUAUGGCUAUUGUAGCCAUGUCUUUGUGCAUUUAUUCCACCAGCGGCAACCACUUGUACCUCUCCUUCCUUGCCUUCCUCAUUCUGGAAGUGGGUGUUGGCAUGUACUUCCCAGCCAUUGGGUACCUGCGGUCCCAGGUCAUUCCAGAGGAUCUGAGAGCAGGUAUCAUGAACUGGUUCAGAGUCCCAACCAAUAUCAUUACAUGUGCUGGUCUGCUGCUUGUCCACAAUAAUACUAUUAUUAGUUCAACUGAAUGUAUGUUUGCAAUCUGUACUGGAAUGUUAGUUAUUGCAUUAUUUAGUAAUAUGAAGUUUAUUUCUCUAUACAAUAGUAACAAGACUUUGAUCCCCCAAACUGAAGAUAGAACACCAUUGACAAAAGAGGAGUCUUAGUGUGUACAAAACAUAAGAACUUUGGAAUUAAAUAUAUAGGUAAAUAGUGGAAGAGAAACUUCAUUUAUGGCAGAACUAGGCUAGAAAGUUUAGACACAAAUUUUGUGUACGGACAUAUAGUUCAGCUUUAUAUUCCACAAAAUAUUCAGGAGAGUUUUAUAUACUGUGGGACAUUGAUUUAACUCUUAGAUGCACUUUUCUGUUUUUGUUUUAUAGGAUUCCUAAUUUUUUUAGAAUGGUAUAGAGAGAGAAUGCCAUGGGGUCAGGAUGAUGACAUAGAUAUUGCAGUUUUAUUUAUCAGCCAACAUGACAUUAUUAAUGAAUAGUAAUAAGAUGUAGUUCUCUUAUAUCCUCUGGCUCAUUUCUAUUUUCUUAUUUGGGCAUUUUUUUUUAUAUAAAAAUCAGAUUUAGUGUAAUAUUCAGUAAUCUGGAGAGACUGUAGGUAAUGAAAUGAAAACAGUUCUUUAGUAAUGGGAAUGUACCUUGAUUUUAAUUUUGGCUGGUGAUAUGAUAACAUAAAAGAUUUCAUUAUGAAGUUGAAUUGAUAGUAUGUGAAUGAGUGGAUGGUGGCUGAAAAAAAGUAACUUUCUAAUGCACAUGGGAUUUACGUAAACUGUGAAAAGAGUUAUGAUCUGUGAUGGACUUUUAAUUUGUCAGACCUGUGAUGUAAUAAAAAAGAAUAGUGCCUGAGUGAUUUUUUAUUUUUAUUUAUAAAAAUAUAAUUGGAUAAGUUUUCUUUUCUCUUUUCUGUUGAAUUAGAAAGUGAACAAAGCCCCAUAAAGCAUUUGGUCUCUAUUCAGAAGAGUGCAUUACUUGAUAUGUGAAAAAUAAACACAAGAAGAAAAUUAAAUUGCCAUUAUAAUGCUGUGAAGGCCCAUGUUGUCAUUGUGAAAAUCUAGUUUACAUGUAGCCAUUUCACUUAAAUUUAGUUUUAAAAGUUGGAUAAGUUACUAGUUUGUAACUUGUCCUUUAUUAUGAUUAUAAUUUUUGAUAGAAUUGUAAGGGACCUACCUAUAUGUUGAUCAUAAAAUUUUGUCUUGUUUGACUAAUAUACAUGUAUGUAAGUGCCAGAUAUAUUGAAGUUCAAAAUUGCAUCAUGUGCGACUGUCAUUCAAAAAUAAGUUGGAACAUGUGUGGAGGCCAUUGUAGCUGAGAUGAAUAUGAGGUGGUUUGAUGAAGAUAUUGCAACACGAUAUUAUCAGUGAUAUUUGAAAGUUGAAUGUGUUUAACAUCAUGUACUAUUUUGCACUGCUGUGGUUUUCUGAUAUAACUGUCAGUGAUUUUCAAAGUCCGAUUUCUCAUCCUCUCCAAAUGUGAUUCAGAGUGAUUCAAAGAUUUGGAUUAUCAUAUGGAUAUCUCAUGGCUCAGUUGAUGGAUUUAUAUUGUUCAGGUAUUAUUGGGAAAGGAAAUGACUGCAAAUAUGUUGUUUCUGAAAUCCACUCAUAUGUGUAUUCCCUUGUAUUUUGUAGCGGGGUGGGAACCAGAACGACAAGGGAGGAAUCUCUUGGCUGAGUGUUGGUUAGAGCCUCAAAAUUGAUUUGAGAUAAAUCCCCUUCGCAGGAGAGUGUAUCUCAUUCGAGGUCAUUCUUGGUUGAUUAUCACAUGUCAUUAAAGUCUUUUGUCACUUGCUUUUCCGGAUUCACGUGACAAAAGGAGCCAUCUGUUGACUGAGAAAGUAGCAAGUUGAGUUAGCAAGCAGAUCAAGUGAUGGAUUGAGAAGGCAUGUGGAUGACUUAAUGAGUUCUUAUGGCAGACAGUUGUUUUAAUAGAUCCUAUGACUUUCUGAUGGAUCUUUGAGUUGUGAGGCAGCUAAAUUAUCCUUAUUUACAAUAUGUAUAUAUUCCAGGCAUCUUCAUAUUGCAUGUUUGUGUGUGUCACUUGUUUGUAUAUUGCAAGAUUUUUUUUUUUCUUUUUUAUAACGGUGCACUUCAGAAUCACAUUUGCUAUGGAGUGCUGAUCCUUGAUAUUAUGGAUAUGUCUUUCUUAAUAAGGGGAAUGUUAAGGAGGGUAUUCUUUUUUUUUGAUACAUACAGUGGAUUUACUUCUGUGCUAGAAAGACAGAUACAGAAGUAUGUUAAUUGAGUUGUGAUAUGUACACAUCAUGUAUAAUGUAUUCAUUGGUAUUAAUGAAAAUUUUCAUGAGUGUGCCAGUAUUCUUAAAGUGAAGUAUAUUCAGAUUUUUAUUUGAUACAUCAAUAAAGUUUAAUUUGUUUGAUUUCACAAUUUUUUUUUUUUAUUUCUAAUAUACAGAAAACUUACUCAGCACAAAGAUUAUCAUGUUUAAGAAAGUACUUGUUAUUUAUAUGUGAGUGAGAUUUUAAUAUCUUGUAUGGACAAUCUUGUAUUGAUAAGUACAUAUUUUUUGUAUAAA